CAAACACACACAUACUAUGCUCAGCAGGUCACUUGGAAAGGCCAUCCCUUAUACAGAAGGACGAUUAUCUUUUUCCAUUGAGGAAAAGGUCUACAGCCCAUUUGUCUUCAGAAGAGGACAUAACUUACUAAACCUUCAAGGGACACACAAGACCUUUUCCAAAUGUCUCAGCUCGAGCAAACAUGGGCAACGAAAAUUCAAAAAAGAAAGGCCCAAUAAAGGAUGGGAAAAAUGGGGAAAAGCAUUUGAAUGGAAAAGUUAACAGCCUCAAAGUGAAAAACAAGUCAGAUCAGAAUGGAGCUACCAUUGAGAAGGCUGAAAAGCCAAAUGGUGAGCUGACCACAAACACCAAAAAUAAAGAAUCGAUAGUUGAAACAGACGGCUUCAAUGUUGAAGCACCAGUUAACGGCAGUAAGGACAUCCCAGGGAUUUCAUCAGAAGCUCAGGUAAUUUCCCCAAAAAAUGUCCCAACCAUUCAAAAACAGCAGACGGAUGAGGCCAAGGGGGUUCUCAAGGAUGAUGAAGAAGCGCCUUCUUCUUCUCUUCUUCUCCAAGCCGACACAGCGAAGAAUCAAGACUCAGAGACGCUUGAGGAGCCAAAGAGUGUGCCUUUAGAUCUUAAACUAGCAGCAGGACAAACUGAUAACGACGAUCAAAAGAGUCAACCAGAGGAGAAAAAAGAGGAGAGCGACCAGAAUCCAGUUAUGAACUUCUUCAAAACACUAGUGACUCCUACUAAAUCGCAAAAAAAGGAAACAGCUACCCCUGAUGUUACAAAAGAUCAGCCCCCGAAGGAGACUCCGCCAACAGUAGCCUCUACAACUGUCGCACAAGUACCUGAGCCUCCGGCUGCAGCCAAAGGAAUGUCUAUCCCACCUCCCCCUCCUCCAGAACCGCCUAAAAUGGAAAUUAAAGGGGGGCUAGCCGCCCAGCAACAGAAACCCACACCAAAGGAAGGGGCGAAGGCCUCUGCAAAGCAGCCAGAUGCCGCAAAGGGCAAAUCGGCUAAGGAGACACUGAGCAGCUUUUUCCGUUCAAAGGCAUCUAAACCCAAGAGUGCCCCGUCAAGUGGAGCCAAUGCCCCAGCCAAGACAGAUGCAGUGGAAAUCCAGGAAGUGUUGCAACAAGUUGAUCAAGUGCAGGACACUGUGCCGGACGAGCCUGAACCUGUUUUAGAAGUCAAGGAAACAGUGGAGUGCUUGCCACAACCAGUUGUUGAGGUGCAGACAGUAGAGGAGGUGGUCCCAGAGCCUGUUGUUGUAGAAGUAGAGAAGGCUGACGCCUCCAAGACCACCACGCUGGAGGCGGAUGUGAAGCCACAGGCGGCAGCCCCCCUGCCGGACGACAAGAAACCUGCAGCAAAGUCCCCCUUCUUUUCCUUCUUCAAGCCCAAGGUACUGGUAAACCAAAUGGCAGCUAAAGUCCAAUCCGCCUCCACGAGCGGAGUUCGGCUCCUCAGGAGAACUGCCGGAGGGGCUGCAGAGCCCAAGAAGGAGACUGCUGCACCCCCUGCAGCCAUGGAGGCAGCCCAAAAUACCAAGGCCAAGGAGGAGCCUAAAGCUGCCACCAAAACGGCAGAGGCCUCUGUAGAAAACAAGGCCCCCUCAGAAGCUGCUCAGGGUGGAGACGAAUCCGCCAAAGCCCCCAAAAAGUUAGAGAAGAGGAACUCCAUUAACUUGUUCUUCAAGACCCUGAGCCAGAAACGCAACUCUUUAGAUGCUGGGGUCCAGACAGAGUCAGCGGCUGCCGCUCCUGCCUCAGAGAAGACCAAAUGAAAUGAGAGACGACACUGAUGACAUCACUGAUUGGGCUCUGUGUUUUCACUCUUCUGAAACCAUUUGAAAACCGAAUCCGUUAACAGCAAUUAUUCUGUGUCUCACAAAUACACUAUGGAAACGAAAGUGAUUGAAAGAAUACAAGCAAGUGAAUUUGUUGUAUGAAAUAGUAAAAGUAAAAGCAGAGUGCAGAUUGUUGACUGUCUGGAGAUUUGAUGUUGUUGAAGGAUCACGUGUUCAUUAAGGACACACUCACAGAACUGAGUCUAUUGAAAUCUGUAUUCUUUGUUAAAUCAGUGUAUACGACUGAAGUAUGAGUAUCGGAAUUUCUCACCUGGCUGCUGUAAAAUGCGACUUAUCUGAAUUGAUUGUGGUAGCUUAACCAUUUAACAAAUCGAAUGAUCUUAAUCGUAUACAACAAUUAACUUUCCGCUAUUCAGUUAUUCCUUUGCAUCAAUAAGCAUUUUUAAACCCUUUAUAUAUUUUUUCUUUGUAUAUUUUCUUGCUUUCGAGGUGAAUGUCCUUACUGCAGAUAUAUCCUGCUAAAAUGACUUAAGAUAAGCCGAAUGACAGCUGUCAGGUCCGCACUCUGAUGUUACAGAGCACUUCGAUAUUAGGUAAUACUUGUUUAUAUAAGUGUUUGUAUGUUAACAGCAAUGCAGUUCCCUAAUGGCACGACAUUACAAUCUUUACUGUUCUUUUUGGAAUCGAUGGAAGGUAGAUCGGUUUUUAAAAGUUUAUAAGACAAAAAACAGGUACAUUUUGCAUUGCUGCAGCUUGAUUUGAUUGCACCUCUUUUAUUCAUAUAACUUAAAAGUUAUCAGGGUCUGCGAACACGUGUGAUAAUAACAUGAAAUCUGUCUUUAUGAGAGGCUUAUUUCCUUAACUUGCACUAUAUCUUCAAGGUAAUAAAUAUGUUUAUAUGA